AAUGCAAAUCAAUCCGCCCUUCGUGUUGGUCAUUUUCAGCUCGGGGAUAGCCUUGGCAAAGGAGCAUUUGGAUCAGUCUACAGAGGAUUGAAUUGGAUGUCUGGUGAAACUGUGGCUGUAAAGCAAGUUCGACUUGGCAAUAUGCCACGUGGAGAAUUAAGGGAAAUUAUGGCAGAGAUUGAUCUUUUGAAAAACUUAAAGCAUCCGAAUAUUGUCAAAUACAAAGGUUCCGAAAAGACAAGGGAGUAUUUGUUUAUCAUUCUGGAAUACUGUGAGAAUGGUUCUCUACAGCAUAUAUGCAAACGAUUUGGCAAAUUUCCUGAAGGCUUGGUGGGCGUAUAUAUAUCUCAGAUCCUGGAAGGCUUGAUCUACUUACACGACCAAGGUGUCAUUCAUCGCGAUAUCAAAGGCGCCAACAUUCUCACAACAAAAGAUGGAAGCGUUAAAUUGGCCGAUUUUGGCGUAGCAACAAAGGCUGGCUCUUUGGUAGGAAACAAUGCAGUGGUGGGAAGUCCAUAUUGGAUGGCACCCGAAGUGAUCGAUCAAAGUGGUGCAACGACUGCAAGCGAUAUUUGGAGUGUGGGAUGCGUGGUGAUUGAGCUACUGGAAGGUAAACCGCCCUAUCAUCAACUGGAUCCAAUGCCUGCCCUUUUUCGAAUUGUUCAAGAUGAUUGCCCUCCUUUACCUGAAGGUGCUUCUCCCGUUGUGAAAGACUUUUUGCUCCACUGUUUUCAAAAGGAUGUGAACUUACGUGUUUCUGCGAAGAAGUUAUCGAAGCAUCCUUGGAUGGUUUCUGCCAGACGACAAUUAGAGCAGAUGCGAAGUGGUGGAUCGAUUCGUGGUCAUGCGGAAGCUGUAAAGACAGUCAAAGAAUGGAAUGAAGCAAUCAAUGAAUCCAAUAAUCCUCUUCCCCAAUCACGCGACGGUAAAGGUGCAGGAUCUCAGUCGAACACAUCUGCAAGGAAGGAUGUUCAGAGGGUUACCAAUACCCAGCACCGAUCUGCAACAAGUGCCACACCACCAAAACCUCCCGAGAAGCGAGAUCUGAAAAGAACCAAAGCCGGCCUCGUCGAUCUGCGGCAACCUCUGGCAACAUCCGUUAUUGACGCUAAUCGCCCUUUGCCUGUCCAUUAUCAAGUCGAGCAGGAUACCGAUAAUUGGGAUAAUGAUUUCGAAGAAGGAAUCACAACGACAAAGCUUGCCGCUUUGGAUAGGCAACACGGUGAGAUAAGAAGAAAAUCGGCAGUUGAAGCUGUAGACGCUGAAGUUGAAGAGGAAGAUAAUGGGGCGACAAUACGACCUUCACGGAUCAGCUCAUUCUCCACUCCGAGUCUCAAUGUCACUUUGGAGUCACAUGAGGAAGUAGAGGAGGAUUAUUCAGAUCUGAUCUCAAACGGUGAUGUUGAAAAAUAUGUGGAGCGUUUUGCACUCUUCCAACGUGAGCAAGGCAGGAAUGAUCUUCCCGUAAAACGACUUUUGCAUCCAAGCGACCUCGACGGUAUAUUGAAACAAAUACGUGAAGGUACAGAUCAUAGUCUGGAGAUGCAAAGCAAGCUUUCGAACGAGCCAGGAAGUCAUUACAAACCCGGUCAAGAUAGUCAUGCAAGCCUGGACAAAUACUCGGAGCAGAACGAUGAGGAUGAUUUCUCUGAUUUGGUGAUGGAAGAUGAAGCAGAGGACAACAAUAAGCUUUUGAUGCCUUUGAGAUUGGUCGAUAGGCAAUCAAGCAAGUCAUGGAUGGCAGAAGAAGAUGCGGAAGAAGACCCAUUCCUAGAGAUUGAAAAAGAUAGUCUUGCCGCUUCGGCUGAUUUGGAAGCAAAUAUUGCUCGUGAUAAGCACGCACGCAUGUCUGCUCAUGUGCUGGAAUUGUUCGAACAUUUGUCGAUAAAGGCAACGGAAGACGAUUUGAUCAAGACAUGCGAUGAACUAGAACUCAUUCUGACGGAGCAACCAGAGAUGAAAGUACAAGCAUUGGCUGCCCAUGGAGCUCUGACAGUAAUUGAAUUAUUGGAAUCUAUCCAAAUACGCGAUGUCAUAAGUCGAUUGCUCGGUUUGCUAAAUGUCGUCAUCUUUGAAGACGUUCAAGCACAGGAAAACUUAUGCUUGAUAGGUUCAAUUCCCGUUGUGAUGCCGUUCUGCUCAAAGAAAUAUCCGCAUCACGUUCGCAUUGAAGCGGCUCACUUCAUCUUCAGUAUGUGUUCAACAUCCACAUUGACGUUACAAUUUGUCUUGAGCUGUAGGGGCUUGAGAACUCUUGUUGAACUGAUCGAUGAAGAUUAUACACAGCAAAGGGAUCUCGUAUGGCUAGGAGUUGCUUGUGUGAACGCUGUCUUGGAAUUGCAAAGCCCAGCUUCCAGGAAUGACUUUUGCAGAAUGUUGGCCAAAGAAGGACUAUUGGAACCUCUUUCAGGCGCACUUUUGAAUGUGUUGGAGGACCAAGAUGAAAACGAAGAAGCGAAUUCGGCAAAAGAACAUAUUCUGCAAACCCUUUUCAUCUAUUCAUCAUCCGAUUCUUGGAUGAAAAGACAAUUGGCGACCCGUAUCGUGCUAAGACGUCUUUUGCAAGCCCUAAGGCGACUUGACACCAAUGCAAUGGUACAACUUCUCAAAGUAUUGAAGAACUUGAGCAUGAGUCCUGGUCUGUUGGAUGAGAUUGAAAACUGCAAUGCUAUUGAAGUUCUUGUCAAUAUUCUAGCAAGUCAUUAUGAAGGAAAAAUGGGAACAGAGAUUUCGAACCAGAUUCUCAAUGCGAUGUACAAUCUAUGUCGUCUGAACGUUCGCCGACAAGAAGAAGCGGCCCAAGCAGGGCUAAUUCCACACCUUUUACGAGUCGCAAAAACAAAUUCUCCUCUUAAACAAUUUGCACUGCCAAUCCUCUGUGAUAUGGCACAAGGCGAUAAAUCUACGAGAAAGCGCUUGAGUCAGCAAUGCGGAUUAGGGUUCUUUUUGGAACUCUUGCAAGAUCCAAAUUGGCAAUUGCAAUCAUUGGAGAGCAUUUGUGUUUGGCUUCAAGGCGAUCUGGCUCGCAUUGAAGAAUAUCUACUUCGUCCAACUUCCGUUCAAGCUUUACUGUUUGUCUUUGUGUCUUCCAAACUUCGGCCGUUGGAAAACCUGUUGGAGACUUUUUUGAAGAUCUUUAGGUUGAGCAAUAGUAUCACGUUGGCUUUGGGAAAGCAACCGCUAUUCCUCAAACGUUUGACGGAUCGACUACAAAAUUCAACAAAAGCAAUUGUUCGUUUGAAUCUGCUACGAAUCAGCAAAGCAAUCUGCGAUAGCCAUCCAGACGUACAGCUUCUUAUGCGUGAUUUUGGACUCGUACAAAUGAUCGAAACUUUGUCACACAGCGAUUCGAUUCUCGUGAAAGAACUGGCGAGAGAGAUCCUUUCGCAAUUACAUGUACAACGAGCGGUAAGGCGGGCAGCUUCGGAAACC